GACCUCCAUCACCGCAACCCAUUACACGCCCAAUUGCACGCAACGGGACCGCUCGUCUUUCCACCCGACCUUCCCUUUGCCUCUCGUUUAAAAACAACAACAACAACAACAACGUAGAACAUAAACCAUGCCCCCAAAGCAACGCACACCCGGCACCGCAGACACGCCCUCCGCACCCUCAUCCUCGCGCAAGCCAAGCACGACAAACAACACGAGCGCCGCGGCAAUCACACAAGGAAUAUGGGAUAAAUACGUAACCAAGACACCGCAGCGAACAAAGCUCCUCGACAUCUUCCUCGCCUUCCUCGUCGUCGUCGGCGCCCUGCAAUUCGCAUACGUAGUCGUUGUUGGAAACUUCCCUUUCAACGCCUUUCUAUCCGGCUUCAGCGCUACUGUCGGCCAAUUCGUGCUCACGGCCUCGCUGCGCAUCCAGACAAACGAGGAGAACAAGGUCCAUUUUGCAAACAUCUCGCAUGAGCGUGCGUUUGCGGAUUUCGUGCUGGGGAGCCUGUUGUUGCACUUUUUCUGUGUCAACUUUAUUAACUAA